AUGCAGGACAUUGCCUCGGACAAGUCUCUCAGUCGCUUCCUGAUCGGCCAAGGAGGAUAUCCUAGAUCUGGCAUCAAGUCAGCCCCUCCUGCAGGAAUCAUCGGCUUUCCAGGAGCAGCAGUUGGAGCCAUCCCGUUCGUGUUUCCUUUCGCCCCACUCGGACUUGGGCUCUUCGAUACAGACCCGCAGCGUUUGCUGUCACUUCUACACCACCAGUCAGCGUUGGCUGAAGAAGCCCUCCGUUACCGCAGCCUACUCUUUGGUGGUGGCUCGAUCAGUGAUGGUCCUUGCAGCUCCCCAACUGCACCUUCAUCCCUGCCAGAUGACUGUAAGGAGCCACUGAACUUGCACGCAGCCACUACCGUCACCAGCGGGAACCCCUUCGAAGUCGCAGAUGGCUCGUCAAAGACGUUGAGUGCAAGUAGCACCUCACCCAAAGCAGCUAUGACGAUGAUCCGCGUGCGCGAUGGCCUCACGAAGGAAGGCUUCCAUAAUGGAGGUGGCGAGGAUUUGCUAUUGCGUAAGCCACCUCCACCGAUGUCAUCGCAGGCACCGCCAUCCCAGGCAGUCACCUCGCAGAACGCAACAGCGCCCCCUACCGGAAGCUCGUCAUCAACACCAUGCGAUGAGACGAUGUCACUAUUCCGCGACGUACGUCAGCUCAGCUCACCGACACCGGUAUCGGGCACUGGAGUGGUGACAACACCGGCGUCCGGUUCCGACACCAAGUGCCACAUCUGUAUGGCGAAUUUUCCGUCCGCGUGGCUGUUGGAGCAGCACUCGGCACUGCAGCAUCCGCACCUGACCAUUCACGAUGACAAGCCGUAUCUGUGCGGGUUGUGCGGUCAGAAGAGUCGGUACGCGUGUUGCCGCUAUCGGACGGUGUUGUCGAAGCACCACCGAGCCGAUCCAGGUGGUAGAAGUCGCGUACCUGCCGACAAGCUGUUCACGUGUGACGUCUGCGGCAUGCAGUUCCGUUAUCUGAAGUCGUUUAAGAAACACCGGCUGAACCAUGCGCUUGAGCGACUCCACGGUAAGAAGGCUUCAGGUGCAGGUGUUGGUACGGUGCCUGCGGACAGUGAGCCGGCUGUGUCUAGCACCAACGAGGGUAGUGAACCUUCUGGAGGUGGUUCAGUGAUCGUUGACCAGCGUGACGGAGACUCGGAGAGUGUGACCGGAGACGUGGGUGGGUCGAGUACGUCAGAAAAAGGUGGUGUAGAGCUAGCAGAGAGCACAGUAGCAGCUAGUGGUGAUGAACAGGAUGAUACAGUGUCUGAUUCCGCUCUCAACCAACCGUCAGGGUCUGGAGCCAGCUCGACACAGUGCACCGACUCGGUAGCUCCUUCGACGGCUUCUACCGACGAAACUCAGCCCAAAAUCAGCAGCAGUAGCAACCGAGCCCCCAGCAGCACUAGCAGCUCCACCAGAAGUGCCACCUGCCAUAGCAAUGGCAUCUCGACGCACUACAGUAAUGGCGGCAGUGGUGGCAGCUGUCAGACGAGCAGCAGCGCAUCCUCCAGAACAGGCCUGUCGCCGAUGGACGCAGCCUGCGAGACGCUGUUGGCAGGUGAGCUAAAGCGCUACCAGGCGGCUUCAGCAGCUGCCGUAGCUGCAGCUGCUGCUGUUGCUGGUACGACAAGUCACCAUCAACAACACCACCACGCUAGCAGCGUCCGUUCGAUGGAGGCCGAAUCGAGCAGUACCUCAGGUGUCUCAGGCAACAACGUACUCCAACAUGGUGUCGCACCAUCCGGCAGCAGUUCGCAGGCAGUUCCCGGUUCGCUCAGUCACACGCUCAACAGCCUCAUUAACGCGGAAACGAUACCACAUCACCGGCUGCUGGGAUUGGACCCUCAGGAGGCCUCCAUAUUGAACUUCUUGCGUGUGGAUGCAGCUGAGAAACAGCGCGACCGCAGGUUCGCCUGCCCAUUCUGCGGCAAAUGCGUCCGGUCGAAGGAGAACCUGAAGCUUCACGUCCGCAAGCACACCGGUGAGCGUCCGUUCGUGUGCCUGUUCUGUGGCCGUGCGUUUGGUGGCAAGUCGGACCUGACUCGACACCUACGCAUCCACACCGGCGAGCGGCCGUACCAUUGUGAGGCUUGCGGUAAGUGCUUCGCUCGAGCUGACUACCUCUCCAAACACCUGACCACGCACGUACACCAGCUGUCACCGCGCCCGUGA